GUUGUCAUUAAGAGUGACAUAUUAUAAACAAAAUAUUUUAAAUAAUAUGAAAAUUUAAUAUUUCAGUAAAAUAUUUACUAUGUCUAGUCCUUAUAGACGAGUAAAUUUUUACGAUUUAUGCAGAUUAUGUGCCCAAAGUAUACAGGAUACUAAAUUUAACAUCUUUGAGCUGAUAGGUCAAGAAAUUCAACUUCAAUCCAAAAUCAAGAAAUGCCUGUCGAUGACCAUAACAGAAGAUGACUUUCUUCCUAAAGUUGUUUGUUCGAGAUGCAUAAAUCAGCUAGAAGUUUGUAAUGCAUUUCGAGAAGAAUGUCGAAAAUCAGAAAAGAUGCUUUCUAGUUAUUUUAAAAAUUACAGACAUACUGAAGAUUUUAAAAAAUCGGGAAAGGUGUACAUUAAAGAUACAGCAAAAAUUGAUUUAUCUAAUGAUAUAGUAAGAAACUCACCAAUCAAUAAGUUAGAUAUAUUAAUAAAGGAAAGUCAAAAAGUUGUUGAACAAAAGCAAAAUGCAGUUGGAAAAAGCAUAUUACAAACUCAAGCAAAUAUUAAAACUGAACAAAACAAUAAAAAUAAAUUUUGUGAACUUGCGGGCGCAAUCGUUCCUAAUCAAAAUGUUCAGAUACCAUAUACAGUGGAUUUUUUAAAUGAAACUCUAAAGAAAGCAGUUCAACAAUUACCAAAAGAAAUUAUAAGUAAAGUGACCGUAAAUUCUAAUGGUGAAGUCAUUAAUUUACCUCACUCUGAUUUAAUAACAUUGGAUCCCAUAAGUAUUCCCACCAAUGUGAUAAUUGGACUUAACAAUAUAAAGAAUAACAAAACCAAAGCAAAUACUGAUAAGUUUAUCAAGGAACCAAUAUUAAUUGACCAGAAUAUUGUCAAAAUAGAUUUAACCAAAGGUAUAAAAGAAACAACUGUAAAUAAAUUUAAUUUAGAUUCGAUUAUCAAAGAAAAUGUACACAGUGCAGCGCCUGCAGUAGUUCAAAAUACAUCAGUGAUUUUUCCACUUUCCCAAUAUCAGGGUAGUCUCAUAUCAACAUCUACAAGUAACACUACAUUCUCUCAAGUAUCAUCAGUUACAGUUCCUUCUUCAACUGCAAAUAUUAUCGGAAUGAAUAAUGAUAAUAACAAUUCUGACCACAAUUUGGAGUUGUUAAAAACUGUAAAUGAACCUCCCCCUUCCAGUGUUAAUUUGGAAGAUCUGCGUUCACCAACCUAUAUGUUAAGUCCAGUACAAGAAAAAGUCAUAAGUGAAGAUUUAUCAAGAAAACCUACAAAAGAGCCAGGCUCUAUAAAAACACACAUUUGUGAGGUAUGUUCGAAGAGCUUUAAAAGGAGAGAACAUUUGUACCAACAUUUCAAACUGCACAGCAGCUUAAGGCCAUAUCGUUGCGUCGAAUGCAAAAAAUCAUUUGUUAGAAAAGAACAUCUUAUUAGGCAUAUGGUUUUGCAUUCAGGGGAGAGAAAUUUUACCUGUGAAAUUUGCAACAAAAGUUUUUCUAGACAUGACAAUCUUUUAAAACAUAUUAGAACACACAAUAAAGAAUCUAAUUACACUAUAGUCUAUCCAGAGAGAGAGUAUGUAAUUUCGACAGAAGAUCCCCUAAAAUUGACUGAAAAAGUAAUCUAAGUUACUGUUCAAUAUUCGUAUUCGACUGAUGGAUAGUCUGCAGUUACUUGUUAUCAAGUAAUGUAUGCCAAAGAAUUUUUAUGUUUCAUAGUAUUGAGGAUAUCAUUUACCUCCUCAAAUAAAAGUUUGUCGACCUGUUCAAGAUAUGUUUAUGACAUACUUAUUUUUUUUCGAAGUAUAAUAUUUUUGACUUUGUAUGCUUUAAUGUAAUUUGUUUUAAACACUUUAGCUCCAGAUACGUACUCAAUGAUUAUUGUUUAUAAAACUAUUUAUUUUUAAUUUAUUACUUUUGUAAGUUUGAUCUCAUUUAUUUCUAGUGUUAUAUUAAUAGUUUUGCUUUUCUGAAGGAAAAAGUAGUAGUUAACCACAUUCCCAGUAGCUAUUAACAGUUACUGUAUGAUAUACAUCAGAAUUAGUUACUAAUUCGCCCUGAAAAAUAUUCUAAUUUACAUUGUACAAAAAUUAACAUAUAUCUGUUUUCUAGUCUUUGUAGAUUUAUAAAUUAGAUAUAAGUGUUGACGUGUUAUAGUGUGUCUUUUAUGAUUUCCGUAUGAUACUUAAAUAAGUAAUAUAAUUUAUUGUAAAUUGCGUAUUUGGUCAUUUUUACCGUACCGGC